UCCAAAGCGAGCCAGCCGGUGCGAUCGUGGCGCUGACGGAGUGGAGCAGUGAGAGCCGCAUGCAAAUGAACACCACCUCCGUGUUGCUGUCACCUGAGGAUCUAGCGGGGCGAAUUCACUGUCCCGUCCAACUCAACAGCGAGCUGACCUUAAACGUCUUGUGCGGAGAUUAAAAAAGGUUGAACUGCACUACUUUGGAGAAAUCGCUGCCCGCUAAUCGCUGCCGUGUGGCGCCGCCGUUUCUCGCUACAACACGAAGAAUGCCUCUCUGCCGACCCCUGCUGACCAUGCGGAGUGUAUGUGCGGUGGUCCUGGCACUCGCCGCUGUGGCCCUCAGCUCAGCGGACUCAGACAUGCACAGACCGAGACAAGACUCCAACCUGGAGAUCUACAAGCGGCUGUUUGAGACCAAGAGGAAAGAUCAGCUGAACGCGCUCAAGAAUCUGGUAGAGCUGAACGACAUCAAUCAGCAGUACAAGAUCAUAGACAUCAUGCUCAAGGGACUCUUCAAGGUGUUGGAGGACUCGAGACAAAUCCUUGUUGCAGCCAACAUGCAGCCGGAUGACCCUUUCCCAAUGGACGAUAAGAUCAAAGAAGCUUAUUCCCAUGUGGUGGAGAAUACAGCAUUUUUUGGCGAUGUGGCGUUGCGUUUCCCCCGUAUUGUCCACCACUACUACGACCGGAACCCUGACUGGGGCGGUCUGCUGCGCUGGGGGCUGAAAUUCUGUAACCAGACAGGGGUUUUCACAGGAGGAGCCCACCAACAUGUCCUCACACUCAUGUCACAGGAGCUGGGAAUAACAGAGAAAGCCCCAGACUUUACAAACCCGUACCGCACAGAGAGAGAUGAUGUGCUUCACACUGCCGAGGCUUUCCAGAAGAUCCUGAGGGAGGAGGAGAAGAGGAGGAGGAAAGAAGAGAAGAGGAAAGAAAUCAGGAAAGGCCCUCGCAUCUCCCGCUCCCGCACCGAGCUAUAGCGCUGCACCUCAGUGCUUGUGGAGAGCAGAGAAGAGGAGACGAAGACGAAGGAGCAUACGCACAGUCCACAAGGGGUGGCUUGACUUGUAGACUCUGAUGACAGUGAAGGAAAUAAAAGCUGUCAUUACUUGUAUAAAAGCCAGGUGCUCUAUUGAAAACAAGAGAGGGACCUUCAAAGUGACACAAAAAAGUAAAGUGGAGCUUAGUCAGUUUCUGACUAAGACCUGAUUUGCUGUACAUCUACAGUGAUUUAUAAUUGGAAAAUCUAACGUUGUAUAAGAGGUAAAAGACGUCUCUGGAACAGGAGUUGAUAAGGGAAACUAAUUUUUGAUAACUUGAGGAUUAUAUAACUGUACUUUGGAAUAUAAUUAAUUUUAGUAUAAUAAAUUUGCUUCAGACUUUGCAAAACCCCACUGUAUUGUGUCUGGUCUAGAGUUAAUGUGUCCAAAACCCAUAUGCUUCACUGUGUGGUUGCCAAAUAUAAAAUUGACCUCACCUCAUUAAAUUUGGCCUAUUUCUGGUUAGUUUAAGCUUGAAUUGAUGAAGGAAUAUCAUUUUAUUUAGGUUAAUUUCUUUUCUUUGAACUAGGAUUUGUUGGUGAGUUUCUAGAGGGAUGUUUGUGAUUAGGUAGAUUUACAUUCUCAUUGCUACUCAAAGUUUUAAGGAUGCGUUUUGUUUUGUUUGCCUCAAGGACAGUAUAAUGGAAUUAUAUUCUUAUUUUUUCACCAUCAGAGGGGAUCAUCAGUUAAUUUUCCUUUUACAUAUUUUGCAUAUACCAUUAGUCAUUACUUUUACACCAAUCCCUGUUGUUGUUUCACUUUAAUGACCCUUAAUUAAUAAGAAUUAUUUUAUCUUGGAAAAAUCUGUCAACCAGAACCCUUCAUCUUGCAGCCCUGCACCUGUUUCUGUGUUAAUCAUUAUUAUUUUUAUUUUAUUUUUUGCCUUUUUAUAUUUGCUGGAAAUUGACAUAUUUUAAUGGUUUAGAUCUAUGGAAUUUAGAUUGAUGUAAUUUUGAAAUAGUAUUACGACUGUUAUAAAACUAUAUGUAUAUUCAGAGAAAGAAUAUCAUUGCUGCAGAAUGAACAAGCCAUUUUGUUAACAAAUUUAAUGAAAUAAAGUGACUGAUAUGUACAAAAAAAAAAA